AUGGAAGAAUUGAUACACCAAUCCAUCGAUCUGAUGUCGAUUUUGACACCAGCACAAUGGUGUCAGACUUUCUUCGCCCUUUCUACGGCCAUCGUCCUUGGUAUCCAAGCCCUCCCACAAGAUGUUCGCAGCGCUCUCAUGGACUACGGCGCCCGAAGACCCAAAGAUGCGAAACACGGAAAGGAGCAAGAAGAAAACGGACAGAAAGCUCUCGUGCCUCUGAGGUCAUUUAUGAAGAAUUUAACAGAGUACGGGCAAGUGCCCCAUUCAUGGUUCUUGCACUUUUACAUUGUUUCGGUGGCCCUGUCGGGUUUCUGGGCGUGGCAGUAUCUCACUCAAGGUCAUGUACUGAAAAGCAUUGUGACGUGGCAGAAUCGAGCUGAUGGACCGUCCAUGAGCCUGGAGCAAAUUUUCGUGGCAUGGUUGCUCAUGGCGUUGCAGGGUUCGAGAAGGCUUUACGAGAGUUUGUUUGUGUUCAAGCCAGGGUCAUCACCUAUGUGGUUUAUUCAUUGGGCACUUGGUCUUUCGUACUACAUUGCAAUGAGCCUUGCUGUCUGGGUCGAGGGUUCCAGCGCCAUUUUAGCAGCCUGGGAUUCUCCCUAUCAACCUCUCCGGGUUCCACGACGGCUACCUUCAGCCCUAGCGUUAUAUUUCGUGGCUUACUUCAAGCAAAACCAAUGUCACAGACACUUGGCAAGCCUCAAGAAGUAUACCCUCCCAAGUGAGGGAUGGUUCAAGUAUAUAAUCUGUCCACACUAUACUUUAGAAUGCCUUGUGUACCUUGCCAUUGCAUGGAUCGCUGCACCACACGGCCAAAUCUUCAACAAAAGUAUCUUGGGCGCUGUCAUGUUUGUGGCUGUGAAUCUCGGUGCCACGGCAAAGGGCACCAAGGUAUGGUAUGAGCAGAAAUUCGGUGCAAACAAGGUCGCUGGGCGGUGGCUCAUGAUCCCGCCUGUCUACUAG